AUGCCCAUGCUCAAGGAACCGUGGAAGAAGUACAAGCCCUUCCCUCCCCUUAACCUUCCCGACCGCCAAUGGCCCUCCAAGACCAUCACAAAGGCCCGCGAUGGCUCUCGACCGAUUUGCGCGAUGGCAACCAGAGCUUGGUUGACCCAAUGGCACAACGGCGACGAGAAGUGGCGCUACUUCAAGAUGCUUUGCGACCUGGGCUACAAGGAAAUCGAGGUCUCCUUUCCCUCGGCCUCGCAGACCGACUUUGACUUCACGCGCCGCCUCAUCGAGACCCCCGGUGCUGUCCCCGACGACGUAUACCUCCAGGUUCUCUCCCCUUGUCGCGAGGACCUCAUCAGGCGCACAGUAGAGUCCCUCAAGGGCGCCAAGAACGCCAUCGUCCACAUCUACCUUGCCACGAGCGAGUGCUUCCGGAGGAUAGUCUUUGGCUUCAGCGAGGAUGAGAGCGUCGAGCUGGCCGUCAAGUGUGCCAAGCUGGUGCGCUCCCUCACCAAGGACGACCCCUCCCAGUCGGGAACCAACUGGCAGUUCGAGUUCAGUCCCGAGACCUUCUCCGACACCUCGCCCGAGUUCGUCAUCCGCAUCUGCGAGGCCGUCAAGGCCGCCUGGGAGCCCACCGCCGAGGUGCCCAUCAUCUUCAACCUGCCUGCCACCGUCGAGAUGGCCACCCCCAACGUCUACGCCGACCAGAUCGAGUACUUCUGCAGAAACAUCACCGAGCGCGAGAAGAUCGCCGUUUCCCUCCACCCCCACAACGACAGAGGCUGCGCCGUCGCCGCUGCCGAGCUGGCUCAGAUGGCCGGUGCUGACCGCGUCGAGGGCUGCCUGUUCGGCAACGGCGAGCGCACCGGCAAUGUCGACCUCGUCACCCUCGGCCUAAACCUGUACACCCAGGGUGUCCAUCCCAACGUCGACUUCUCCGACCUGAACAGCGUCAUCGAUAUGGUUGAGGUCUGCAACAAGAUCCCUGUCCACCCCCGCGCCCCCUACGGCGGCUCCCUCGUCGUCUGCGCCUUCUCUGGGUCCCACCAGGACGCCAUCAAGAAGGGUUUCCAGGUCCGCGACCAGACCGUCAAGUCCAGCGACGAGUACUGGCAGAUCCCCUACCUGCCCCUCGACCCCACCGACAUCGGCCGCACCUACGAGGCCAUCAUCCGCGUUGCUUUCUCCAAGGUCGUGCAGGACAAGGCCGACCAGCUCGGCCGCGAGCUCCUCUCGGACGAGAUCACGGACCUCUUCGAGUCCACCUACUACCUCCGCGACAACCCGCGCUUCACCAUUGUCGACUACAGCAUCACGCCCGACCGCUCGCAGUCGCCCGCGCCUCCCCAGCCCGGCAAGACGCAGGACACCAAGAACCUCAAGAGAGUGUUCGAUGGCGUCGUCUCCAUCGACGGCAAGGAGUACAACCUGCGCGGCCGCGGCAACGGUCCCAUUUCCAGCUUGGCCAACGCCCUCAAGAGCGUCGGCGUCACCCUCGACGUCGAGGACUACAAGGAGCACGCCAUUGGCGCCGGCCGCGACGUCAAGGCCGCCACCUACAUUGAGUGCACGGCCACGGGCACCAAGCAGAGAUACUGGGGUAUCGGUAUCCACGAGGACGUGGUGCAGAGUUCUCUGAUCGCCCUGUUGAGCGCCGCCAGCAACUUCGUCGGCAGCCGCCCGGGCAGCCCCAUCUUCGCCAAGCCCAUUCCCACAAGAUCUAUGAGCAAAGAGCUGGACCUUGACUCUGCGAAUGGAACGAACGGCGCGUCGCAAGAGACGCCGAGCGUCGUCUCGGUUCUCGAGGAGAAGGCGAACGGCAUGUAA